GUGAGUGAGAGAGCUAGAGAGAGAGAGAGCGAGAGAGAGAGAGAGAGAGUGAGGGAAGCGAAGUAAGUGGAGAGGGUUGCCGCUGCGCACAAACAGAGAUUUGAUCUGUGAGUUCGGUGCUAGUCAGUUUGCACUAAGCCACCUACUGCAAACAAGGCUGCGUCUAAACAUAUACCUCUACAACUUGUUGAAUCGGCUUAAUAAUAUAGAAACUUUGUCAGGGAAAAGUUUAGGAACUUUUGAGUGGGACUGGAUACGACCUUGGACUUAUUCAUGACAACAUUCAAGUUAAACAUAAUUUUUUGAUGUAUGUUUUGAACAAUUUUGUUUUAUUUAUUAUACCGGCAUAUUCACGUUAAUGUGAAUCCCUGCCAAAUAAUCGCAUUUGAAUAGACUGAAAAUAACAUCUACAUAGGGGGAACAACUUAUUUUUUAAAUACAUUUUUAUUUUUCAUUUCCAGGUGAACGAAGGUAACGAAGAACUGUGGAUUAAACAAAGCAGGAAUUCGGACAGAUUUUUUUCUUACUUGACUUGAAUCGGUUCACUCCGGUGUAUAUGAACGUUUGCUAAAAAGCUAUGGAAGUAUCCGCGGACCAACCCCGAUGGAUGAGCCAUCACCACCCAUCGGUGCUAAACGAACAGCAUCCCGGGUCGCACCACCCGGGCCUCGGCCACUCGUACAUGGACCCCUCGCAGUAUCCCCUCGCCGACGACGUGGAUGUACUGUUUAAUAUCGACUCACAGGGCAACCACGUAUCUCCAUACUAUGGGAACUCAGUCAGAGCCGUCCAGAGGUACCCACCUCCUCCACAUAGUAGUCAGGUGUGUCGCCCCUCUCUACUGCACGGCUCUCUGCCGUGGCUGGACGGAAGCAAAGCGAUGCAGCACCACAGCACUUCCCCGUGGAACCUGAGUCCUUUCCAGAAGAGCUCACUGCACCACGGUUCCCCGGCAGGUCUCUCUGUCUACCCUUCGGCGUCCUCCUCCUCCCUGUCCGGGGGCCACUCCAGCCCGCACCUCUUCACCUUUCCCCCCACUCCUCCGAAAGACGUGUCCCCGGACCCAGGCAUCUCCACUCCGGGCUCAAGCAGCAACAGUCGCCAACAGGAGGAGAAAGAGUGCAUAAAGUACCAGGUGUCCCUGGCCGAGAGCAUGAAACUGGAGUCUCACAGCCGGAGCAUGGCAUCAAUYGGAGCGCAAUCMUCCGCCCACCAUCAUCACCCCAUCGCCACAUACCCAUCCUAUGUCCCCGAAUACGGCCCAGGCCUCUUCCCGCCAAGUAGCCUGAUAGGUGGGUCAUCUUCUAGUUAUGGUUCCAAAACAAGACCAAAAACAAGGUCAUGUUCAGAAGGUAGAGAGUGCGUUAACUGUGGAGCUACGUCGACCCCGCUCUGGAGGCGGGAUGGCACUGGUCACUAUUUGUGUAACGCCUGCGGACUCUAUCACAAGAUGAACGGGCAGAAUCGGCCCCUCAUCAAACCCAAGCGACGACUGUCUGCAGCACGACGCGCAGGAAAUAUGUGCAAAUGUCAAACGGCAGAGCAACCGUGGCGAAGACGCCAACGGGCCGUGUGUAACGCUUGCGGUCUAUAUGAACUGCACAAUAUCAACCGACCUCUCACCAUGAAGAAGGAGGGCAUUCAGACCAGGAACAGGAAGAUGUCCAGCAAGUCGAAGAAGAKCAAAAAGUCCCACGACAGCAUGGACGACUUCUCCAAGAGCCUGAUGGAGAAGAGCAGCUCGUUCAGCCCCGCCGCUCUGUCCCGCCACAUGUCCUCCUUCCCCCCCUUCUCACACUCCGGCCACAUGCUGUCCACCCCCACGCCCAUGCACCCCUCCUCCUUCGCCCCUCACCCCCACUCCAGUAUGGUCUCUGCCAUGGGCUAGAAGACCCCAACGGUACCACCCACCUCCCAGAACCCCUCAAUCAACAACCAACCCCCCCCCAUCCUCUUACUCCCAGUUCUUUUCGCUUACCUGAAUCCCAAGCUGAAAGACAACCAAACUGCUCCCUGCUACCCAUAACCAACCGCUCUGCUCCAUCACCAAGCCGCCUAUGAUCUGACCUCAUUGUGAGGGAGACAGGCUCUAUGGGUCCUUGCUUUUGUUCAGUUGUCUCUUUUUUAAUCUUUAUCAAGUGUAUCUACUGCGAUCCUCAAAGCCUGGCAGACUGACUUCACUGACUGUGGUUUUCCGACUCCUCGGAAGACCGUUGUUGUUCUCCGACCUGGGAGAAAAGAUCCUGAAGCUUCACCCACUCACUGACUGUCCUCCCAGCUGAUAACCCCCAAUCCGGAAUCCCAUUUGUGUUCAAACAUGUUUCAUGGAAAAAGCAAAGAUUAUUAACAAUCAUUACAAAAGCUACAACUUUUAUGAUGCCCCCCUCCCCACCCUACUUCACACACCUGUAUGACAGGACCCCCCCCACCACCCCUGAGCCGUGAGAAGAAGAGAGGAGAUUAACUUUAAAUAUAUUUGUACAAAUUGUAUGAAAUACAGUACAUUUAAUGAAGACUUUUUAAUUGAGUAAAAUGCCCCUGGGCAGCUAACGACAGAAGGGUACGAGUCAAGGCAAGAAGAGACACUGCGGCUGGAGAGUAGAGGAAGAGAGGAUGCCUCUGCUUCCUGGAGAGAGGGAUGAGAGGGAGGAGAGGAAAGAACAGAUAAAGGGACAGGCCUUCACUUUCACCUGCUGGAAAACAUGUUUGAUGCAUUAAGCUUCUAGAGAGUCUAUUGUUCUGACUGCAGGCGUCUCUUUUUUGGAUGUGCUAUAGGUCUCGGGCUGUUGGUUUGUGUUCACAUGCUAGCACAUACACACAUAUUCACACAUCAUACUUUCACAUACACACACAAACACACAUCAUACUUUCACAUACACACACAAACACACACUGCCACAUUGGAUAACCUGAAAGACUUUCUUCCGGCCCACAGAUUAUAUGCAUUGUGAAAAAAGUUCCUGUAUUUGUUAUUUGUAUGUAUAAUUCAGAGUACCAAAAAUACGAAAGAAACAAAGAUGUAGAAUUAUUUCUUUAUGUUAUGCAGACUGAAUGGUUGUAAAAAUUUAAUAAUAAUCACUAGUGUAAAAAAUGACUGCUUUUUUGUUUCGUAAUAAUUUUUUUUUCUUUGAAAAGAAUAAACUAGUUUAAUCUCUGUUGACAUGUUA